UCGCCCCGUGACGUUUACACAGCGGAGACUCUGAUUGGUCGACAGCUGGAACCCAGGUAGUAGAAACACGAAGCAGCUCGAGACUUUGCUCUCUGUAAUGGAAACGCCUCUUCUUCCUCGUGAGUCUGGCCGGUUCGUAGCAGAGCGGAGUCAGGACGUGUUUGUGGAGGAGGAGGGAGUGCAGAAGGCGGCUGAGAUGCUCUACUCUCUCAGACACAGCGACAGUCUGACUGCCAGUGGCUGGAAAAAGGCGAAUCCACUGGCCCCGGCACCAUCUUCUGACCAGGCCUUGAACUGGGUGUUUGUUGUCGACACCAUGAACUUCUCCUUCUGGCCAGAUGAAGAAACUCAGCAGUGUGAGGUGACUUAUAAAGGGACCACGUACACAGGCUACAUGACACUUUGUGCUGCCAUCACCAGAGCCAUGGAAGAAGGUUUACCCAUCACCGAUCCAAAGUACUUCUCCCAGAUGAGCGUGGAGGAGCUCGGACACAUCCUUCGAUCAGACAAUGACACGCCCAUGCCGAUGCUGCAGGCCCGCCACAAGGUGCUGACGGAAGGCGGCCUCGUGUUGCUGGAACAUGGCGGAAGUUUCCGCAGUUUUAUCAGCAAAGCCGGGAACGACGCCCGCAAGAUGGUGGAGCUCAUAGUGCAGAAGAUUCCUUCCUACAAGGACGAAGCUACAUAUGAGGGCAAGAGAAUCUCACUGUACAAGCGAGCCCAGAUCCUGGUGGCCGAUUUCUGGGGUGUGAUGGAGGCCAGAGGAGAAGGAGACAUCAUCAGCAUGGACUGGCUCACCAUGUUUGCAGACUACAGGGUCCCGCAGGCUCUCGUCUACCUUGGAGUGCUACGCUACUCUGACACGCUGAUGCAGAUGCUGAAGAAAGGUGAGCUGCUGUGUUCAGGGGACAGGAGGGAGGUAGAGAUCCGGGGUUGUUCGAUUUGGUCCGUGGAGCUGAUCAAAGAUCGACUUUGCAAACUGGUGCAGGAGCGAGACGGACAGACAUGUAACAUCAACUCCGCAAUCAUAGACUUCUACCUCUGGCCUUACGCUAAACAGCAUCAUAAAGAGAUGGCCCACAUUCCAAUACACCACACACGCUGUAUUUACUACUGAUGAGCUGUCUGGCAGCCGCUCAUACAGGACGCUCCACUUCCUCAGUGUUUAGCCUUGGCACUGGUGCCUCUCCCUGGGAUAAAGCCAAGCAUGUUCCUGUGCCAGAUAUACAUACUAAUGGGCUUCUCUCAAUCUGUAAUGAAAACAGGUGGGAAGCUUUAAUGUAGCUUGUUUGUCUGUGUGGGUUGUAGCACCGUUGCCCAUUUACAGUCAAUUAAAAUGUUUACUGUUAAUGAGAUGGAACAUUUUCUAGCAAGUGAGAUCAGUACGCAUACUGUACAUCUGCUGUUAUUUCAACCAACACUGAAAAUAAAACAUUUUGAUUAAAUA